CGUCCAUGAGUUCCUAUUUCGUGAAUCCCGCUUUCCCGGGAAGCUUGUCGAAUGGGCAAGAGUCCUUCCUGGGGCAGAUCCCCCUCUACCACCCCGCGGCUGGCUACGAGGCUCUGAGGCACUUCCCAGCUUCUUAUGGGGCCGGCAGCCUGCAGGAGAAGCCCUACUCCUCCCCUUGCUUCUUCCAGCAGUCCAGCCCCAACACGGUCAUCGCCUGCAACCGGGCGUCCUAUGAUUAUGGAGCCUCUUGCUUCUACUCGGACAAGGACCUGGGCGGUGCCUCCUCGCCCUCCGGCAAUGGCAAACCGAGGGCCAGCAACCCCGGGGACUACUUGCCCUGCUUUGCCUCUGACCAGCAGUACAAGCCCGAAAACGGGGCAGCCAAAGCCCUGAACGAGGAAAGCAGCGACCGGAAGUACACCAGCCCUGUUUACCCUUGGAUGCAAAGGAUGAAUUCGUGCGCUG